AUGCCAGCCCCCGGCCCGUACAAUUCGAAGAACCUCCCACCCAUCCCGCAAACGAACCCGCCCUACGGCGGGAACGACCACGCCCCGACCUACUUCUGGAACAGCUCCCUCCCCUCCUCCGACGUCGUCUGCAGUGUAGACUACAAGAACGUGACCGACUCGUGCUGUCCCUUCUCCUUCGGCAUCAGGGACGACUACACAACCGGCUGCCGGAUGCACAACGACACGCAGUUCACGCAGUGGUUCGAGAAGUGCACGCAUCAGAUCUGGGGUGAAGUUACGGGCAGACCGCAGGAUGCCGAGCCAAACUGUGUCUCGUGGGAUGAGAAGAUGCAGUUCACACGCGAUCGCGAGAUGGAGAGCGCGAGUGCCCCGAAGUCAGGCAAGGGAGAGCUAGAGUGUACGACGUUGGGUUCGGACCCAGGCAUCAAUUUCACGCAGCAAUGUUGUGGACAAGUCGGAGGGCAACUCGCCAACGGAAAGGACGAUAGAGGGAACGAGCUGUGUACCGUCAAGAACGAGAUGGAGGGGAAGUGGAACGAGUGUAUGAGCGCUUUGCACACGUAUCCGCUUUGUCACGGAGAGGACGGGGGCGGCGGGAUGAGUGGGAGUGGUGGGGAGGGCAGUGGUGCCGGCCCGAUCGGGGCUGCAGGGAGUCUCGUCUUCGUUGCCGCUGCCCUUGCCGUCCUUGUGUAA